CCCAGGGUGCUCCGCACAGGUCACGUCCCGUGAUUGGCUGCUCUGCUCCACGUGGUGCCAGGCUGGCGGCGGUGGUUGCCGGGGCGACGGCUGGAGACGUGGAGGCCGGGCCGGGUAGGCGCGUGCGUCCGCUACGGAGGAGCAGAGAUUUUUGCUGUGAGAAUUAACAGUAUCUGUUCAAUAUGGUAGACAUUCUGGCUCAUGAAUCAGAAUUACUUGGACUAGUGAAAGAGUAUUUAGAUUUUGCUGAAUUUGAAGACACCUUGAAAACAUUUUUGAAAGAAUGCAAAAUAAAAGGAAAACCAUUAUCUAAAUCUACAUGUGGCUCUUUAAGGGACCCCAAAUCAUUGAAAUUCCAGAGGGAUCUCCUUGCUGCGUUUGACAGUGGAGACCAGAAGGUGUUCUUCAGGCUGUGGGAGGAGCACAUCCCCAGGCCCAUCCGGGACGGCGACUCUCUGGCCCAGAAGCUGGAGUUCUACCUUCACAUCCACUUUGCCAUCUAUCUUCUGAAGCACUCCUCAGGCAGACCUGACAAAGAGGACCUGGAUGAAAGGAUUUCUUAUUUCAAAACCUUCCUGGAGACCAAAGGGGCGGCCCUGAGCCAGACCACAGAGUUCCUGCCUUUCUACGCCCUGCCUUUUGUUCCCAACCCCAUGGCGCACCCCUCAUAUAAAGAACUCUUCCAGGAUUCAUGGACUCCAGAAUUAAAGUUGAAAUUGGAAAAGUUUCUGGCUUUAAUGUUCAAAGCCAGUAACACGCCAAAGCUUUUAACAUUGUAUAAGGAGAAUGGACAAAGCAACAAAGACAUGUUGCAGCAGCUCCACCAGCAGCUGGUAGAAGCUGAGCGGAGGUCCAUGACGUACCUGAAACGGUACAACAGGAUCCAGGCCGACUACCACAACCUCAUCGGAGUCACGGCAGAGCUGGUGGAUUCUCUGGAGGCCACGGUCAGUGGCAAGAUGAUCACCCCUGAGUACCUGCAGAGCGUCUGCGUCCGCCUCUUCAGCAACCAGAUGCGGCAGAGCCUGGCGCACAGCGUGGACUUCACGAGGCCCGGCACGGCUUCAACCAUGUUAAGAGCCUCCUUGGCACCCGUGAAAUUGAAGGAUGUCCCAUUACUGCCCUCUUUGGAUUAUGAGAAACUGAAGAAGGAUUUGAUUUUGGGGAGUGACCGCUUGAAAGCCUUCUUGUUGCAGGCUCUACGCUGGCGCUUGACCACAUCACAUCCCGGAGAGCAGAGGGAGACCAUCCUGCAGGCCUACAUCAGCAACGACCUGUUGGACUGCCACAGCCACAGCCAGAGGAGUGUGCUUCAGCUGCUGCGAUCCAAGAGUGAGGUGGUACGGCAGUACAUGGCCAGGCUCAUCAACGCUUUCGCAUCCCUAGCAGAAGGUCGCCGCUACCUCGCCCAGAGCACAAAGGUGCUGCAGAUGCUGGAGGAAAGGCUGAAGGAGGAAGACAAGGAUGUCAUCACCCGGGAGAAUGUUCUUGGGGCCCUGCAGAAGUUCAGCCUCAGGCGCCCACUGCAGACAGCGAUGAUUCAAGAUGGCCUCAUCUUCUGGCUGAUUGACAUCCUGAAGGAGCCCGACUGCCUGUCUGACUACACGCUCGAGUACUCGGUGGCUCUGCUCAUGAACCUCUGCCUCAGGAGCUCAGGGAAGAAUAUGUGUGCCAAGGUGGCGGGCCUGGUGCUGAAAGUCCUUUCGGAUCUGCUCGGCCAUGAAAACCACGAGAUACAGCCAUAUGUGAACGGAGCUCUGUACAGCAUCCUUUCCAUCCCAUCCAUUCGCGAGGAAGCUAGAGCAAUGGGAAUGGAAGACAUCCUCCGCUGCUUCAUCAAAGAGGGCAACGCCGAAAUGAUCCGCCAGAUCGAGUUUAUCAUCAAGCAGCUCAAUUCAGAAGAGCUACUGGAUGGUGUUCUUGAAUCUGAUGAUGAUGAAGAUGAAGAUGAUGAAGAGGACCAUGACACUAUGGAAGCCGAUCUGGACAAGGACGAACUGAUCCAGCCCCAGCUUGGAGAGCUCUCAGGGGAGAAGCUUCUAACCACGGAGUACUUGGGAGGGAUUCACAUCAAGCUUCUCCUGCAAGCCCCGGGCCCCCCGCACCCCGGAGAUGCUGGACAUGAACCCACCCAAGGUCAAGGCAUCGGCUCUGGGCCCUCAGUUCUCCUCAUGUGGCCCCCAGCAGGCCAGCCGUCCCAGCUCCAUGACCUCUUCCACAAGGAGCCUGCAGAGCAGCCCGUCUUCCAGGAAGUGAGGAUGGGUUCUUCCCCGCGGUCACCGUCCCUUUGCCCAAUGACCAGCCCGCUUCCUGCCCUUGGCCAGCUGGCAGCUGCAGACGACAAAAGUGACGAGAUGGUUGUUGUCACACCACCAGGUGACUCGAGGAGCCGAGGAGGACAACCCUCCAGGCGUCCAGGAGCAGGCCCACCGUAGCCCAUGCCCCAGGGUCCUGCCACUGUCCUUCCUGCCCACCCUCCCCGCCGGCACCCAACUUGGGGGGGCAGCGGGGGACAGCAGAGCCAAAGCCGGGAGCUCGUCCAUCUUGGGGAGCCAGGGCCAGGCAGCUCAGCCAGAGGCAGGCCCUCGACCUUGGAGGAAACCGGUCCUCCUCACCCAGACCAAGUAUGAGGAAACAGAAGGGGGUUAGAAUACGGGAAAGUCCUUCUCAAGUCGGCUACCUGAGCAGCAGACUUGGUAUUUUCUUCCUCUUAAAACCUGGAAAGAAUAUGGGGUGUUCCCCUCUGUGGCUGGAAUACGGCUGUUCCACAGCGGCCCUGUGCUUCUGCACACGUGUUCUAAGGGCUCAGAGGGUUGACCAGUUUAAAGCCAUUUUCCUCCCUCCGUCCGUUAAGACCACAAGCACAGACUGUGCCCCCAGCAGGGUGACUGGUCCCCACUGGGGGAGGCCCGUUGCUCCCUCCUUGCCAAGGGUGACAUCAGGGCCAAUCCUAGUGUUGGGGCCCGUGUGAGGAAAGCAGGAGAGCCUCCAUCUUGAAGCCUGUCAUCUGUCUUAAAGGCAGGAUGUGAACGGGGCCUGGACCCUAGCCCCGGAAUGAGGAAAUGGUCACUAGUGAAAACCAGGUCUCCUGGAGACUUCCCUCCCUACAGGUGGCAAACAGAGAUUGUAGUUGAAGUCAGGCUGCCCCUGUUAGAUUAACCAUGGAGACAUCCCCCCUUGAUGUAAAUCAUUGCCCCCCCACCCCACCUUUAACCUUAAUUGUUUGUUCUCCUAGCACCUACUUGUUGUAAACUCAAUCAUAUGCAACAGAGAGGUUGCUAACAUGUAACCUGUCACAUAGUGGGGGGUAUAAAACUGGGCCUCUCAGAAACUUCAGGGUCCUUGUUGGGAACCGAUUCCCCCUUGGACCUGCUGGUGUAAUGAACCGUACUGCACUGUCUUAAGUGUCCUCCGAGGUGUGUGUUGCGACUCCGGAUUCCACAACACUGGGACAGAGAAAGAGCGUUCACCUGCAGAGUCAGCGCUGCUACCCAAGCCUGUAGCAGGGUCUGACCUCACCUAAAACAGAAAUACUGAAAUAAAAUGAUGAGUAUUGAGA